UGCAGUUAAAGCUGGCUGUUGGUUCUUCCCCCAGUGCGUGUUGUAUGUUGACUUCCAGAGAGGAGAGGAAAAGAAGAUUUGACGUUUGGGUUAACCUAAACUGCACUCCCACUAUUAUUGUGAUUUACACCUUAAUUGAAAAGUCAAAGAAAUCAGUGUCAACAUCUGAACUAGUCAAUGGAAAAAAUCUGAAAAUGUUUAGCUUUGAGGGAGAUUUCAAAACAAGACCCAAGGUGUCACUUGGAGGAGCAAGUAAAAAGGAGGAGAAAGCUUCUCUGCUGCACCGCACUCAAGAAGAAAGAAGAAAAAGAGAGGAUGAAAGAAAACGUCUGAAGAAUGCAGUUAUCAUUCAGUCCUACAUACGUGGCUACCAGGACUUAAAACGACAGUACGGCAUCCAGAGGGCCAGGUUUGACGAGUGUGUCGGCCAGACGCAGGCGGCAGGUGCUCAGCAUGUCUUGGAUGGUGCUGGUCUCUGCCUCUUAUCAAGACAACUCAUAUUUUUCUACAGACAGAGUGUGGACGCACAUAGAUUGAUAUGGUUGUGCCAGAACCUGGUGAAACACAACAGUCAGUUUGUGAAGCUGUUGGUGGGCCCACAGAGGCAGACAUGCAUGUUUCAGAUCAAGAGGAUAUUAGGCUUCUGCUGCAGACUCCUGCAGAAUUGCAAGGAUGACAGUUUAAAUGUGGCAGUUCCCAUGCGGAUGCUAGAAAUCUUUUCUUCAGAGAAAACCUAUCUUCCUGUUAUUCCAGAUGCUAACUAUGUAGCUUCAUUACUCGAGCAGAUUUUGCACUAUAUGGUACAGAAAGGAUACUACAGGUCGCUGUAUAUUCUUGUGAAUUACAGGCUCCCUUCCAGUCUGGAGUACAGCGGCGCUCCCUCUAUCCCCCCUCUGGCAAGCACACUGUUGGAGCACAUCCUCAAACCUCUGCACUUUACCUACUCCUCCUGCACAACAGGCGCAAGGCAGUUUGUAUUUGCGGCCUUUACCGAGGAGUUUAUCUCUGCACCGUUCACCGAGCAGAUCUUUCACUUCUUUAUCCCGGCACUGUCGGACUUCCGUCUCUCAUUCCCUUUCGAGGCCUUCCUGAGCUCCCUCCAGGCCACCAUCGGCUCCUCCUCAGCAGCACAUAGCCAGGCACCGUGGCUGUUUUACUUUGUCCUCUCCGCGGGGGAGAGCCGCUUAGGCUCGCUAUCAGAUGAGGGUCUGCUGUUGUACCUGCGGGCUCUGCAGACGCUGCUGCCGCUGCUGCCGGUGCCAGAGAGCUGCAGCAGGCCUGAGGUGAGCAGCGACUCGGAGGACGAUGAUGACGCUGGCAUCCACCCACCACCCAUGCAGGAUGACAGUCGGAUCUCUGUGCAGUUGAUCACGGAGGAAUGUGUCCACAAGCUGGACACCAAACAGCAGACUAAUGCCCUGCUGAACCUGGUGUGGAGAGAUUCAGCCAGCGAGGAGGUUUUCACUAUGAUGGCAUCCAUCUGUCACACACUCAUGGUCCAGCAUCGCCUCAUGGUGCCCAAAGUCAGACUUCUGUACAGUUUAGCUUUCAACGCACGUUUCCUGAGGCAUCUCUGGCACCUGAUAACUUCCAUGACAACUAAAAUGAUCACCGGCUCCAUGGUGCCGCUGCUGCAGCUGAUCUCAAGAGGGUCUCCCAUGUCGUUCGAGGACUCCAACCGCAUCAUUCCCCUCUUUUAUCUCUUCAGCUCCCUCUUCAGCCACUCGCUUAUCUCCGUGCAUGACAGCGAGUUCUUUGGUCAUGAAUUAGAAGGUCAGACACAGUCCUCCAUGAUGCCCUUCACACUGUCAGAGCUGGUGACUCUGUCUCGCUGUCUGAGGGACGCGUGCCUGGGUAUCAUCAAGCUGGCCUACCCCGAGACCAAAACGGAGCACCGUGAGGAGUACAUGGCUGCCUUCCGCAGCGUGGGUGUCAAGACAAACACUGAGGUUCAGCAGCGCAUCCAGGCUGAACAGAAACGCUGGGUACAGCUCUUUAAGGUCAUCACUAACUUGGUGAAGAUGGUGAAAGCUCGCGACAUAAGACGACCUUUCUGUCCAGCAGGUCACUGGCUCUCUGAGGAGGUCAACAUCCGAGCUGAUAAGGUCACCCAGCUGUACGUGCCCUCUGCGAGACAUGUGUGGAGAACGCGAAGGAUGGGACGUAUCGGACCUCUUCAGUCAACACUUGAUGUUGGCUUAGAGCCUCCACAGCUGUCUGUGUCUGAAGAGAGACAUCUGGCCAUCCUCACAGAGCUCCCUUUUGUAGUUCCCUUCGAGGAGCGAGUCAAGAUCUUCCAGAGGUUAAUCUAUGCUGACAAACGGGACGUGCAGGGGGACGGACCGUUCCCUGAUGGCAUCAAUGUCACCAUCAGACGCAACUAUAUCUACGAAGACGCCUACGAUAAGCUCUCUCCAGAAAACGAACCAGACCUGAAGAAAAGGAUCAGAGUCCAUCUGCUGAAUGCUCACGGUCUGGAUGAGGCGGGCAUUGACGGUGGCGGAAUCUUUCGGGAGUUCCUGAACGAACUCUUGAAGUCGGGCUUCAACCCCAACCAGGGCUUCUUCAAGACGACUAAUGAGGGCUUGCUGUAUCCCAGCCCCGCUGCGGAGAUGCUGGUCGGAGACUCUUUCACGAGGCAUUAUUACUUCCUGGGCAGGAUCCUUGGAAAGGCGCUUUACGAGAACAUGCUGGUGGAGUUGCCUUUCGCCAGUUUCUUCCUGUCCAAACUUCUGGGAACCAGCGCCGAUGUGGACAUCCACCACUUGGCCUCGCUGGACCCGGAGAUGUACCGCAACCUCCUCUUCCUCAAGAGCUACGAGGGAGACGUAGAGGAGCUCGGCCUCAACUUCACCGUGGUCAACAAUGAUCUGGGAGAAGCUCAGGUGGUUGAACUGAAGCUGGGAGGAAAAGACAUUCCUGUGACCACAGCAAACCGGAUAGCUUACAUCCAUCUGGUGGCUGACUACAGACUGAACAAGCAGAUCAGGCCUCAUUGCCUGGCCUUCAGACAGGGCCUGGCCAAUGUGGUCAACCUGGAGUGGCUGCGCAUGUUUGACCAGCAGGAGAUCCAGGUGCUGAUAUCUGGGGCUCAUGUGCCAAUUUGUCUUGACGACCUGAAAAAGUUCACAAACUACUCAGGCGGAUACUCAGCCACUCACCCCGUCAUCCAGACCUUCUGGGAGGUGGUCGAAGGCUUCACAGACGAGGAAAAGCGCAAGUUACUGAAGUUUGUCACCAGCUGCUCCAGACCACCGCUGCUGGGCUUCAAGGAGCUUUACCCGGCCUUCUGCAUCCACAACGGUGGCUCCGACCUGGAGCGGCUGCCCACCGCCAGCACCUGCAUGAACCUGCUGAAGCUGCCGGAGUUCAUCGAUCAGCACCUGAUGAGGAACAAGCUCCUGUACGCCAUCGAGUCCUCCGCCGGGUUCGAGCUGAGCUGAGGAGGGGCGAAGGGCUUCUCUGUCCCUGCAUCCACGGACUCGACGCCACAGAUAACGGCUUGGGGGAGAAAGACUCGAGAAGAGGGAGGGGGGUGGUGGGGGAAGAGAGCAAAGAUGCACUGACCCGCCUGAUUUACUGUGUGUUUGUGUGUGUGUGUGUGCGUGUGUGUGUGUGAGUGUGCGUGCCAAGCCGAGGGUGAGGGGAUGAUCACCCACUGACUGAAGAGAGGGGGUGAAGGAUUGAGCGGGGUAGGAAGCCUUUUUUAAAAAAAAAAAAACCUCUUUGCUUUUAAGUAAUUUAAAUGUUUAAUGGGUUGUCAGAACACUUCAGGAGAACAGCGAUAUGGUUGAAUUUUGCAGGAAAUAUCAAGCGCUGAAAUAAAAACAAAGAACACAACUCUCUUGUGUAAUCUCAUAUGAAUGGACAGUUUUUUUUUGGAGAGGGGGGAGGGGGGCUGUGGAGGCGGAGGAGCAUUUGUGUAGAGCCGUCAUGCAUUUUCUCAUAGAAGUCAUCAAAACUCAGUUUUUGUGAUUUCUCUCAAAUUAUUACUAGUAAUAACCGUCAUGUCUGAUACUCAUAAGUGUGCACACGCCAUCUGAUGUGUCAAUAAGGAAAAACGGCUUCUGUUGCGAGACUAGAUUGCGGGAAAGUAUUGUAUGAUUAUGGAUUUGUGAAUAUGUAUAUGUUUACAACUACAACUCUUGUAUUAUUCAUUUAUUCAGUAUUUGUACAGAUUUGUUUUUCUUUCCUUUUGUGUGCUGAAUGGAGGCCUCAUGUUUUCACACACGCUUGCUAAGGUGAACAAUCUCUUCCCUGAUCAGCGCCCUAAAGUUUGCUCUCUGGAGGGGACAGGAACAGUGUCCCGUCAUUGAUAAGGCUUAUAAAUGAUCAGUGUACCGACAGGGUGACAAAAAAGAGUGUAUGGAAACGAAUAAACCCACUUUUCUUUUUGCA